CUUUUUCUUAGACACCUUUAAAGCGGAAUCGAAGUAGUGGAAACCGGAAAUGCUACACGGAAGCAAAAGACAGCACACCAGCGUCUUACGGGAACUAAGCUAGUCCUGACAUUGAGUGUAAAGAAGUCUGAGGCAUGAUUUAAACACGAAACGAAGAUGCUCCAUUCUGUAUUUAGAAGAAUCACAUUUGCAGCGCAGAGGGUAUUUCACUGGGCUCCCCCUGCACAACAAUGCUGCACAUCAACCUUGGUUGGAGCUUCUUGUAUCAGAUCAGGCUCCCUCCAGACCAGGUCCUGGUCUUCAUCUACAGAAAUGGUCACUGGCCUUUUUAAACUUCCAGUCACUGGUUUGUUGAGGACUGAACCUUUCCUGGGGACUCAAGUCUGUACUUCACAAUUUCUAGUGAGGAACAAACAAUUCCACUCGUCUGCUGUGUGGCUGAAGAAGCGAGAAAAGCCAGAGGCUCCUCCUAAAGAGCUGGAUCUGUUACGUUAUGACUUAAAGGACCUGUGGAAGGGUCCCAGACCGGCCUUGUGCCUCGGGUUUGCAGGGCUGAUUCCUUUCGUGUCUCCUACUCUGCUCAUGGCUGUGACUGAAACCUACUUCCCAGAUCUGGCUUUUGCACAGUUGGCCUACGGUGCAUCCAUCCUGUCCUUCCUGGGUGGGGUUCGCUGGGGAUUUGCUCUUCCUGACAGUAGCCCAGCCAAGCCUGACUGGCUCAACCUGGCCAACAGUGUGGUUCCCCCUCUGUUAGCCUGGGCAGCCAUGCUCAUGAGCGACAGCAUUGAUCCUGCAGCCACCAUGGUUAUCAUGGGACUUGGAAUCUCACUGCACUACGAUCUCUCCCUCCUGCCUACGUACCCCAGCUGGUUCAAGGCCCUGCGCGCAGUUCUCACCAUAGUUGCAUUCUUUUCACUAGUUGGUACUCUCGUGAUGAAUGAAAUGUACCCAGCAAAGAACCUGUUUCCUGAAUAACACAUGCACAUUUUACCCUAAUUAAAAAAUAAUUAUUUGUCAA